GGCGCUUCUUCUCCCUCUCUCCUCUCCUCUGCUCUGCUCCCCUCCCUCUCUGCGAUACCCACCCUCGUGCUAGCCGAGACCGCUCGACGGACGCCGUCAAAAACCGGCAACAAUCGUCACUGACUCGCUGGCUGUUCACCGUCAUACUAUGGACCUCAACCUUAAUGCGCUUCGUAGGCCUGACCCGGGGCCCAGAGAUGGGUCGAUUCUAUGUUUACAACAUCAGCACCGCUCUCGAGAAGUCUGGGAAGCUGAUCGCACACGGCCUGUGGAUUCAAAAAAAGUCAGAGUUCGUAGUGCGAAGAAAGGUAUACGAGCAUUGCCAUGGCCAUCACCCCCUGUUUUAGAGUUGAUACGGCGUGCCCGUUUAGAGGGCCUUUGUUCAUUGCCUUUUGUGUCCGUGGAUUGGGGUCUCAUUACAGCACUUUUAGAGCGAUGGCGGCCUGAGACACACACGUUUCACUUGCGGCCCGGUGAGUCCACAAUCACGCUACAAGAUGUUGAGGUUUUGUUAGGCAUUCCAGUUGACGGUAAACCUAUGACUGGAAAUACAAAUUUGAAGCCUAAUGAUUUAUGUAAGCAUCUAUUGGGGGAACAACCUACAGAAGAGUCGGACAUAAACGGGAUGAAGGUCAAGGCUAGCUGGUUAAGUGAUAGGUUCACUGGCCAAGUAGAGGAAGGGGCAGACCCAGAGGUUGUUGCGCGCCAGGCACGCGGCUACUUGUUGUUGCUUAUGGGGGAGACUAUAUUUGCUGACCACUCAGGUAUGUUUGGACACCCAAGACUUCCACGUUGACCUGCAACACGAGGCAGAGGUAGAGUUGGAUUUUGUGUCGAAUAAUGAUGGUCAGGAUGAUGAGGUUGAGGAAGAGGCAGACUUUCAGGAUUCAAUUGUAGGAGGAGACAGAGAGGGUGGAAGAGAGGUCACUCAGUCUACUACUAAGACUCCUGUUGUUGCCCAACGUAGGAGUAAGCGGCAGAGAAAGAAGCCACGUUGUGGUACGGGUGGCACAAUGUGCAAGGAUGGAGGGGAAAAGACUAAGCGGGCUUGCCACUAAAGGUAGGGUAUGUGCAUAUUAUGCUAUUGGUUUUUUUGUUUAAUAUA